AACUUAUAUGCAUAUUUCAAACACUACGUUUCAUAGAUACUAUUUAUAUUGCUUUAAAUUAUAAUCUUUAAUGAAAUCGUAAUCUUAGAAUAAAUAAUUUAGUAUUUCAUGUAUUAUGACAUUUUUGCUUUACUUUCGACAAUGUAUGAAACAUGGUUUUCGCCAGAAACCAACAUACCAAGAUAGCAAAUCCAAAUAUUUAUGUACAAAUAAGAGCAAAAGAAUAAGUAUUAGAAUGGAAAAUGAAGCACUACCACCAUCACGAGAUAAUCCUAUCAUCACGAAACUGGAUGGUCCUAUAUUUCAUUCUAUUUUCACACCAGAAUUAAAUAUUUUGUCAGAGUUAUUUAAAAAAUACAAUUAUACAUUGAGAAUCACAGGAGGUGCUAUACGUGAUAUUCUUAUGGAUGUGAAACCAAUAGAUCUUGAUUUUGCUACCACUGCAACCCCAGAACAAAUGAAAGAUUUAUUUACAAAGGAACAAAUAAGAAUGAUAAAUACAAAAGGUGAAAAACAUGGUACUAUUACUGCAAGGAUUAAUGAUAAAGAAAACUUUGAAAUUACUACUUUGAGAAUUGAUCUUGUGACUGAUGGGCGACAUGCUGAAGUCCAAUUUGUCACUGAUUGGAAAUUAGAUGCUAAUAGACGAGAUCUUACUAUUAAUUCAAUGUUUCUUGACCUUGAGGGUAACGUAUAUGAUUAUUUUUAUGGAUACGAUGAUCUAAAGAAAAGAAGAAUCGUGUUUGUAGGCAAUCCUACAAAUCGUAUACGAGAAGAUUACCUCAGAAUUUUAAGAUAUUUUCGAUUCUAUGGUAGGAUUACAAACAACCCUGUAGAGUUUGAUGAAAAUACUAUAAAGGCAAUAAAAGAAAAUAUUUCAGGAUUACAGUUUAUUUCUGGUGAACGAAUAUGGUCUGAAUGGAAAAAAAUUUUGGAUGGUAGAUAUGGUGGAGAAUUAAUGUUAAAAAUGAUAGAAUGUGGUGCUGCAUCAUAUAUAGGACUUCCAAAAGAACUAGAUGUAGAAAACUUUAAAAAUGUUUACUAUCGUGCAUUGAAUAAUUCAGUUAAACUACAUGCCAUAACUUUAAUUACUUCAUUGUUGAAAGAUGAAGAAGAGGUAAUGAUUUUGCACAAGAGAUUAAAGUUGUCUGUUUAUGAAAGAAACUUAGCAUUAUUCUUGAUUCAACAUAGAGAAGCAAAACCUUGUGAAAAACCAUUAAGGCCAUAUCAGCUUCUAAUAAUAAAUUCAAAACUUAAAAUAUCAGAUACAAAAGAAUUCGUUUGUGAAGUGUUAAAAUAUAGAGGAAUGAUAGAAUUCUAUAAUGAAAUUAAUAAAUGGAUAAUUCCAAAGUUUCCAAUAAACGGUCAUAUGAUAAAAUCAUAUGUACCACAUCCAAGAAUGGUAGGACCAGUUCUAUAUAAUUUAAAAGAAAUAUGGUUUGAUAAAGAUUUUAAAAUUAGCUUGGAAGAACUUAUAAAACAUAUAGAACCAAUAAUACAUGAAUUAAACGAAAAUAAAAAAUAAAUAUAAGAAACUA